GGGCCCGUUAGUCGCGUGCCGCCGGGGGGACACUGAGGACGAUAGUAUCGUAGUACGCCGUCCCGUGGCCGAUCGCCCGCCGCCGCCACCGCUGACGACGACGACGACGAUCGUCACUUUAUCGCGCGAGUUCACGCCGCGCGCACGUUGUUUACCCCGCCUGCGACAGGCAGUCACUGUUAUCAAAAAACAUUUUUUUUUGCGCCCCGCGGACUGUGAUGACAGACGAUGAAUAGUAGCAAGCCACGUGGACGCCGCGCGCCGCCGAUGUGGUGCAAAGCGUUCGUCACGGUCGGAUUGCUCUGCGAGUUGGCACUGUCGGCCUCGCCACCAGUGAUUUCGGGUGAUCCGGAGUUUACGGAACCCAUAACGAACGUGACGGUACCUGCAGGACGUAGUGUAAAGCUAGGAUGCUCCGUCAGAAAUCUGGGAUCAUACAAGGUAGCUUGGAUGCACUUUGAACAGUCUGCCAUAUUGACCGUGAAUAGCCACGUGAUCACUAGAAAUCCAAGAAUUACCGUGUCCCACGAUAAACACCGUACGUGGUUUUUGCACAUAAACAAUGUGCAGCAAGAAGAUCGAGGCCGUUACAUGUGUCAAAUAAAUACGAUCACUGCUAAAACUCAAAUUGGAUAUCUCAAUGUUGUCGUACCACCGUCGAUUUCCGACUCGUUGAGUAGUUCAGAUGCAAUAGUUCGAGAAGGAGCAAAUGUGUCGUUGACGUGUCACGUGGAUGGUUACCCGAAACCAGAUAUCAAAUGGAAACGUGACGACGGUCUGCAAAUUAACAUCAACAAGACCUUAAACGUGAGCGAAUGGGAGGAACCCACUUUGGAACUGCAUCGGAUCAGUCGGCUUGACAUGGGCGCCUACCUGUGCAUCGCCACAAAUUCUGUGCCCCCGUCGGUCAGCAAACGGAUAAAAGUCAGCGUGGACUUCCCGCCGAUGCUGUGGAUACCACAUCAGCUGGUCGGCGUGCCACUGGGCUACAACGUGACACUGGAGUGUUACACCGAGGCGCACCCGACGUCCCUGCACUACUGGACCCGGGACAGCGGACAAAUGUUGCACGACAGCGGCAAGUACAAGGCCGUGUCCAUACAGGGCGUGCCGUCGUACAAGGUGCAGAUGAAGCUGACCAUCGUGGAUGUGUCGCACACAGACUACGGCGUGUACAAGUGCGUGGCGAAGAACUCGCGCGGCGAGACCGAUGGCACAAUUCGGCUGUACACUUCACACCCACCCACUCUGGCACCAGAACUUCAGAGCACGGAGAAUCCCUCCCCUUCUGGCAUCCCAGCUUUAGGUCCACAAUGGACGACCGAUGGGAGUAACGAUUUAGAAAACGGUACGUCGAACAACACGAACGGAAAAGGAGGGGAAAAAAGACGACAAUUCCGUUUUGAACGAGAUCACUCGGUCCGGGCAGACGUACAGCAAACCCAACAGGCCAGACAUCAUCAAAAAUUCGACGCCAAGACUGAUUCCGACCAUAACCGUGCUGUUCUUGACGGCCGCUGUCCGACUGUUGUCCAGGCGACGAGAACGGAUGAUGUAAAAAUAUAAUACGGUUUUCACACUUUUUUGAAAUACCGAAAUGACUAACGUAAAAAAAAAACAAAAUUAAAGUAUCCAAACAUAUUAUUAUUACAAAAAAUAUAACUAUUAAUAAGCUCAACUUCCUCGUCCACUUCUCCCUCAUCCGCCACGUAUUAUUAUUAUUAUUAUUAUUACAUGUAAUGUACUUCCCCCGCGCGGACAACCCCUCCCAUCCAUUCCUAACUGUUUGUCGGCCGCCGCUCUACAAUAUAUGCGUCCAAUCCGAUGGUGUGAACAAGGAGAUCACCACCAACUACCCUCUUCCCGUCAUCCCCCGAAAUGAACUUAUUACCUCACGACGAUUGACGCCACUCACGACGUGCAGUCUGCAGCAUAGCCCUCGGGCACCCGUAGCGAAGACGACUGCGGUCACCCGUCGCAGAAUCACGGAUCAUGUAUUUUUACAUAAUUAUUACUAUUAUUACAUAUUAUUAUUAUUAUUAUUAUUAUUAUUAUGAUCACCGCAUUUUCGUAUAUUAUGAUGGUGGUGUAUACACCGUGUGUACUAUACGUUUGCAGUCCACAGGUACGAUAUGAGAUCGAUUGAGCUGACGCAGUUGUCACAAGUAUAUAUUAUAUUAUUAUAAUAUGAUAAUAAAGCGUCUCGAACACAAUGUCUAUGAUAAAUUGUCAUAUUAUGUGUAGAGAGAAAAAAACAAAGAUAGGCAACGAGAGCGAGAAAGAGCGAGGGGGGGGGGGUGUAUGAGAAAAUAUGCGAGAAACGAUAUUAAGAUAUAAUAUAAUAUCUGAAAUAGAUGUAUAUGUACGUUAGUUGAUUUAGAUGAUUUUUGUUGUUUUGUAUAUAUACGCGUUUGAUUUAACGAGACGAAACGCCGAGUGAACAAAAAAAAAAUUAAAAUUAAAAUUUUAAACGAAUCUGAUAUGUUAUAAUAUUAUAUUCAUCCUUAAAAACGUCGAGGGUUAUAAUUUGUAUUGUUUGGUUUUCUUUAUGUAUCUUAUAUAGUAUAUUAUAGUAUCUCAAAUGUACCUCGAGAAAAUUUUCCCAAUACAAUAUUAUCUUUAUCAUAAUAAUUAUUGUUCCCAUUUUUUUUUUAGAGACCAUUUUUAAUUGUUUUUAGUCUUUUCCUGGUUUUGUUAAGUUUUUUAUAUAUUAUUGUAAAAUGUAUUAUGAUUAUUAUUAUUAUAAUUAUUAAAACAUGUGUUAAUUAUUUUCUAAU